AUGAUUGAGAACUGGCGCCCCAUCAGUCUUCUCAAUGUUGAUAGAAAGAUCUUGGCAAAGAUUCUUUUUUGGCGCUUGUCGUCAGUAGCAGGCGAUUUGUUGUCCAGCCAUCAGCACUGUUCGGUCCAAGGUAGAAGUACCUUUUCAGCAGUUUUGGCUAUCCGGGAGGCUUUGGAACGAUGCAGGGCUGCUGGAUGGAGAAAGUACUUGCUGGCAUUGGAUCAGGCGAAAGCUUUUGAUCGAGUGAAUCAUGAAUAUCUGUGGUUGCUGCUUGGUAGAUAUGGCCUGCAGGGGAGGUUUAUAGAUUGGCUGAAGACAUUAUAUAAAGGGGCUGAGAGCUUCCCACUUGUUAAUGGUUGGGUUGGGUGGCCUUUUGAGGUUGGCUCUGGUGUGCGCCAGGGAUGUCCUUUGAGCCCCCUGCUAUAUGCUUUCGCAAUCGACCCCUUUGUAAGAAGGCUAGAGGGCGCAUCGUUGUGCGGGGUGCCUCUGGGCAUUGCUGGUGUGCCGCCUUUGAAGGUCGUUGCCUAUGCUGAUGAUGUGUCUGUUAUUAUCUCUGGGACUGAGGAGGCGCAGGAGGUGGUCUCUGUGAUAGAGCAGUACACGGAGGCUUCUGGCUCUAAAGUCAACCAUGAAAAGAGUGAAGUUUUCUGGAUGGGUGAGGAGGGUGAAAGCUUCAAACUUCCGGAUGCCUUCCCAGAGCCCCAGCAGGAAAUUAAAAUUUUGGGCAUCAAAUUUGGUCCUGGUGACUAUGGUCAUCGAAACUGGGAAAGCAGGUUAGUAGUUGUCAAUGCCAAAGUAGCGAGCUGGAAGAGAUGGAGGCUUUCCUUAAGAGAGAGGGUUGACUUGAUCAAAACUUACCUGAUCCCGAUCUUUUUAUAUGUCAGCUUCGUCUGUAUCUUGCCAGUAUCUCUCUAUGCACGGGUCUACAGCUGUUUUUUCCAACUGUUAUGGGGAAAUAGGCUGAACUUGAUCAAACGCAAUGUAACUUACCUGUCCAGGCGGGAGGGUGGCCUAGGAAUGGUCAACCCGAUAGUUUUCUUUUCUUUGCUCUUUUUAAAGUACAAUCUUGGUAAUAUGUUAGCAGAGACCCCGCCGGGAUGGGUGGGUAUUUUUCAGUCUUGGUUUAGGCCUUUUCUGCAUUGCUGGGAAGAUGGCGGCCCAGUGAAAGGUCUAAGAGUCCGACAUGGCAAGCUCCCGGCUUAUGUUGCCCCGUGUCUGAAAAUACUUCGGCAGUGGCAGGUGACAGUGGAGGGAUAUCAGGUCCCUUCCCAGGAAGCUUCUGGGGGAGAGGAUUUUGGCUUCUGCUUUCAGUGUGUCACUGGCCUUAAAGGAUUGCCCAGGCUCCGUAAUGAGGGAGGGAUUGUGUUUAAUUAA